ACGCGGAAGGGAGGCUGCCAAGCGCGCUCGGGCGUCUCCGGAACGCCAGCGACUGCCGGGCGACAGGAGAGCGGCCGCGCUGCGGCCCGGCCAGACAUGCGGCUGCUCUCGCGGGCCCUCCGCGCGGCGCAAGGCUACCGAGCCGCCGCGCUGCCCCCGCGGAGCUUCCGGGCAGCGCCGGCGGGAUGGGCGCUCCCGGCGCGGCGCGGGCUGGGCGCGCGGCCCGGCCUGGAGGAGCUGUUCGCCGCGCCCUCCCUGCGCCGCCUGCUGGAGGCGCGGGCCGGGGGCGGCGCGGCGCCGGAGCUGGCGGCGCGCGUGCGGCGGCUGCGCGACAAGGAGCGGGAGCUGCGCGACACGCGGGAGCUGGCGCGAGAUGAGAAUGAAGAUUUCCGAAAGCUUGCAGAAACAGAAAUUGCUUCGUGUGAAGAAGAGAUAGCUGAACUGAAACAACAGAUAGUGUUGCUUUUGAUUCCUUCAGAAGAAACAGAUGAGAGUGAUCUUGUCAUGGAAGUAACUGCUGGAGUUGGAGGGCAGGAAGCCAUGCUGUUCACCUCGGAGAUGUUUGAUAUGUAUCAACGAUAUGCUGCUUAUAAAAAGUGGAAAUUUGAAGUAUUAGAAUACUUUCCCAGUGAACUAGGUGGCCUAAGACAUGCAGUAGCCAGUAUAGCAGGAGUUGAAGCUUACAAAUACAUGAAGUUUGAAGGAGGAGUGCAUCGUGUUCAGCGGGUACCAAAGACAGAAAAACAAGGACGCAUUCAUACCAGCACAAUGACUGUUGCAAUAUUACCCCAACCCACUGAGAUGAGGCUGCAAAUUAGUCCAAAAGAUCUACGGAUAGAAACAAAGCGAGCUAGUGGAGCUGGAGGCCAGCAUGUCAAUACAACAGAUAGUGCUGUACGGAUAGUUCACAUUCCAACAGGGAUUGUGUCUGAAUGUCAGCAAGAAAGAUCCCAAAUUAGAAACAAAGAGAAGGCUAUGCAAAUGCUGUGUGCUAAACUAUACAAUGCCAAAUUAGAAGAAGAAACCAAAAAGAGAAACUAUGCUCGAAAGAUUCAAAUUGGGACUAAAGGAAGAUCAGAGAAGAUCAGAACAUACAACUUUCCGCAGGACAGAAUUACAGACCACAGAAUAAGCAGAUCAGUGCAUCAUGUUGAGUCUUUCAUGCUAGGGGAAGAAAUGCUAGAUGAAAUGAUACAAACUCUGAGAGAAUAUGCUGAUUAUGAAUCUCUAAUGGAAAUUAUUUCAGAAAAUGAAAAAAAUAAUUCCUCCUGAACAUUGUUCUUUCUCAGGCCUUUACAACACAUGUCGACCUUGAUCUGCAAAGCUUUUCAGAGCACCACCCAGAAAAUGGAACUACUUUUCUCAUCAUGAAAAUCAUCACAACUUGUUUCCUAAUGAAUAUUAAACAGUUUUCUUACUUGCUGAGUAAAAGACUUUAUUAUCUUCAUAUAAGACAUUAUUGCUGCUGUAGUCCUUUUGAAAAGUUUACUUGAUUGCACCAGAAGUAACAGCAGUUUUAAACAACUUCUACUGAUACACUACUCUCAAAAGGUAUGCAUGCGUUAAAAAAGGAGUUAUUUCUAGUUCCUAUUUUCGUUUAAACUAUGGCUUAACCAUCACACAACAGUGUGAAAUAGCUUAUUUGAGAGAACAAAAAGUCCUAUUUUGUUUGAGUGAUUGGAAAAAAGUGAUAAAUAAAUUACACACUCUGUCCACAUACUCAUUAAUCACUUACAUGUGACAUGGGAAAGGGAGUCAAAGUGUAUCUCUGUCAUGUUUCCAAGGCCUUCUGGCCCUUAUUUAUAAAUACAAAACAAGUUUAGGAAUAUCCCUUGUGCGAGGAAAAAAAGCCAUGGAAGCCAAGUGAUGAAUCAUAUGAAUUGGUUUUGGAACAAAUAUUACUGUUCUUGAGUCAAAAAUUAAAGUAAUGGUUACAGUAUUGUUCAAUUGAUAUUUCAGUGUCCAGUUGACUUCAGUUCAGUGCCUCCUUUAUGGUUUUAAUUGAAUGCCCAAGUUGUUAAUCUUCUAAAAGUUAUGUGCUAUGACCAGCAUUUACUGGUUUUGUCUGUUUAUUUAACAGCAUUUUAAAACAUCUGAUACCUUUACCAUUUUUUUUCUAGUAAACUCUGCAUGGUAACUAUGAUUAAGUUCCAAGUCUUUUAAUUUAAGAUGCAUUCAUUAACUUAAGAUGAAGGAAUGUCUGUGUGCAUAAGAUGAGGCAUACAUAUUUCCUUUUGAUGAGCAUGAGUCCUAGGUCUGUAUUUACUAGCAGUUUUAUAACUCCAAACUGUCACAUUAAAAAAGUAAAAAGAAAUA